AUGUGCUUUCUUUAUAAAUGGGAUUCACGUGCUACCAGCAGCCAUUAUCAUAUUAAAUAUUUCCCAGAACGUAAAGAAAAUAUUAUUGGUGACUUAAAUGUAAGCCAUGAAUCUCUUGUCCCAAAAUAUAAGGUCAUACUUCCACCGCUGCAUAUUAAGUUGGGCGUGGUGAAAAAUUUUAUUAAAAGCUUAAAUACACAAGGAUAUGCUUUCAAACGCAUUCAAACAAUUUUCCCCAGAUUAUCUGCAGCAAAAUUAAAAGAAGGAAUGCUCGUUGGACCCGAUAUAAGAAAAUUAUUACAAGAUGAAGAAUUUUAUGGUCAUCUGUCGGAUAUGCAAAAGACAGCAUUUGACUUUAUGCAGCUGGUUAUAUCAGAAUUCCUUGGAAACUCGAAAGCACAAAACUAUGCAGAAAAUAUUGAAAGCAUGCUGAUCGGUUUUAACAAUAUUGACGUUAAGAUGUCACUAAAGCUGCAUUUUCUGCACUCUCAUCUCAAUUUUUUUAAAGAAAACCUUGGAGCGGUUCCAGAUGAACACGGUGAAAGGUUUCAUCAGGAUAUAAAGGUAUUGGAAGAAAGAUUCAAAGGGAAAUCCCAAAGUGUAAUGCUUGCUGAAUACGUAUGGGGCUUGUACAGAAACCUUGACACAUCGGAACAUUCACGUCAAGCUAAAUACAGGAAAGCACAUUAA